AGACGGCUCCCAGCUCAUCCGACGGCGAAUCGGGUAGAUCAGCUCGCUCUCUAGCCUUCGCACGCCAAGCAGCUCAGCUUCCGCUUCCGCUUCCGCUCUCUUCUCCGCACCUCAUGGCGUCCCUCCUCUCCCUCCCGCGUCUCACUCUCACCCCGACCCCACGCGCGAACCCCGGCCGCCGCAGCGCCCGCCCCACGCCGGCGAGCAUCACCUGCGGCCCGCGCGACAACCGCGGCCCGCUCCAGCGCGGCCGCUCCCUCUCCACGGAGGCCAUCCUCGCCGUGCAAUCCCUCAAGCGCCUCACCUCCUCCGACCGCUCCCCGGCCGCCGCCGCCGCCGCGGCCUCGACCUCCCUCGGCCGCCUCCUCAAGGGCGACCUCCUCGCCGCCAUGGCCGAGCUCCAGCGCCAGGGCCACUGGUCCCUCGCCCUCGCCGCGCUCCACGUCGCCCGCGCCGAGCCCUGGUACCGCCCCGACCCGGCCCUCUACGCCACGUUCGUCUCCUCCUCGCCGGCCACCGAGGACGGCGCCGCCGCCGUGGACGCGCUCGUGGAGGCGUUCCUGGAGGAGAAGGAGCGGGGCGGCGGGUUCGUGGAUGGGGAGGAGGACGUGUACAAGCUGACGCGGCUGGUGCGCGCGCUGGUGGCGAAGGGGAGGGCGCGCGCGGCGUGGAGGGUGUACGAGGCGGCGGUGAGGAUGGGAGGCUGCGAGGUGGACGAGUACAUGUACAGGGUGAUGGCGAGGGGGAUGAAGCGGCUGGGCUUCGAGGCGGAGGCGGCGGAGGUGGAGGCGGACCUCCGGGAGUGGGAGGCCAGGAUCUCGCCGCCGGCCAGAGACGUGCUCGACGAAAUGCGCGCGCGAGAGGAGCAGCACAACUGCGGCUUAACUGUAAAUCUGAUUAUCGUUUUAGAAACCUGAGGAUUAUUAAAGUCGUAGCUGCUUCUCUUCUUUUUUUUUUACUGCAAUUUUUGCAAAGAAAGUAAAGUGUUCUGCUACUGUAACCAGCAAAUAUGUCUAGCAUUGUGUUACAAUCUAAUUAUACAUAACAAGAUGCUAAUGCAA